UGUCAAGAUGGCGACGCGCAUAACAAGCAUGAGACGUUUGUCCCCGAUAUUGCAAUCAGCUUUAGCAUUGCGAUGUAAUGUAAUAACUAUACAAAGAUAUGUGCGAAGACGCAGACAAGUGUCUGUUUUAACUUCAAACAAUGAGUUCAUAGAAGAUCCAAAACAAGUCGUCACUAGUGAGCAUUUAUUAAAUGAGAACAUUCACAAUAAAACGGAAAAAGCGAGCGUUCAACGACUUGACAGCGCUACAAGUGUCCGAUGGAGACCAGACGAUAUUUCAGUCUCACUACAGUUUUCAAGACCAACACGAGAAAAGGUGAUGAACACAAACCAUCAUGUCGCAACUCUUGCCACCACAUUGCCCCGUUUUGGAGAAGUUGAUGGUUUACUGUAUGAGAAAGCACAACCUGGUGACAAGAGCGUGACGAGGCUGCUCCACAUAGCCCGAUCUAAGAAGCUUCGUGAGCAGCAAGGUAAAGUUAUUCUGGAGGGAAGACAUCUCAUACACUGUGCUCUGGAUGCAGGGGCUGUGGUACAGACGCUUUUCUUCUGCUCUGUCAAGGCACUACAGGAGCUUCCCCUUGAUAAACUGAGACAAGCCAGUCUUGUGAAAGUUAAGAUGGAUGACUCGAAACUCUGGUCUGAUCUCGACACUUCACAAGAUGUAAUAGCCAUAUUCAAACGUCCUACGGCCUCCCUUUUAACCUAUCCAGAGGAAAAAUAUGGCAAGCCCUGGCCCCUCACACUGAUUUGUGACAACGUGAGGGAUCCGGGAAACCUGGGAGCAGUGUUACGCUCCGCUGCGGCGGCUGGAUGCCAUAGUGUGCUGCUAACUAAAGGAUGUGUGGAUGUUUGGGAUCCUAAGGUCCUUAGAGCAGCCAUGGGGGCUCACUUCCGUCUUCCAAUUAUCCCAAGCCUAACUUGGAAGGACAUCCCAAAUCAUCUUCCCAAUACCGCGACAAUUCAUGUUGGAGACAACAGCAGAACCAUCAUGAAUAAAGAUGACCACACCAUGACCCCUAAAAACCAAAAAAAGCCGUCAGAUUAUGGUUGGGUCAGAGGUCAUCACUACCCAACGAAAGUACAGUGUGACGCCGAUGAUGAAUUUGAGGAUUAUGAAGGUAGCAGAUGUGCGCACACAAGUAAAUCCCCUGAGACCCAAAAUUACCACACCGACUGGGUUGCCAGGCACACAGGCAUCGUGAUUGGAGGAGAAACGCACGGCCUGAGCCAGGAAGCGUUGCGAUUGGCUGAGAAGACCGGGGGCCGGAGGUUAUUAAUCCCCAUGGUGUACGGUGUGGACAGCUUGAACUCUGCCAUGGCUGCGAGUAUUUUGCUUUUUGAAGGAAGGAGGCAGCUGCAGCUACAGAUAAGAGGAAAGUUGACCACAGCUUCAUGAAAACAGGAUGUCACGUAUUAAAUUCGACAUAAUCCUUAUAAUCUUUAUAUACCGUAUGUGCUAUAAAUAGAUCCAGGAUGUUUUUGUAAUAUAGAAAUGUCAAUGUAUGUAAAUAAACAUUAAAAGAUAAAAUCACCAUUUUAGGUUGCAAUAAUAAUUUAUCAUAAAUUAUGGGUCAAAGCAUGUUUAAUAUAUUUUAUUUUUAAUCUACUAAUGUGCAAGUUUGUAUACGGUAGAGAUUAAGAUAGAGCUCUUCAACCUUUUUACAAGAAGAAAUAGAGUUUAUGUAUCAAAUUAAGACUGGAUUUACAUACUUAGUUAUGAUGGUUACAUUACACGGAUAUACUUUUUGGUAUACACAGUUGCAUAUUGUUAACAUACUACAUAACAUUUUAAAUUUGCUGAAUAGAUAACAUUUUUUAAUUGUCAUAUUGGUACAAAUUCUUAUUUUGUUUUUACCUCAACAUGUGGUAAAUGCCAACGAACAUUAAAUUAAAGAUUAAAUAAAAAUAAGUUUUGAAAUAAAAAGCACGAAGUAAAAUAAAAAGUAGGACUACUUAAUAUUAACAAUUUACAACAUAAGAGAACUUGUAUUCAAUAACAACCUGUAAUAUAAUAAUAAUGUGGGAACCUUCAUUUUAAUCAAGUUUUAUUUUUAUUAUUAGCAUAUUAAUGCAUUUUUCCAAAAAAUUAAAUUCAAACAAUAUUUGGAGGACCACUUGUUAUAUCAUUAUGGACCCCCAAGGGGCCACGGACCCCCUGUUGGGUUUAGUCAUAAAAUUAGCCUGGUAUGAUUACAAUAAAAGCCUGUGCGAUGUGAAACAAACAUCUUCAGGACAUUCUUGGUGGUGGUUAUAAUAUAAAAACAGAUACAAAUUGAUGCCUAUAAUAAAAUAAUUGAUCAUUGCUUUGAGAUUAAGGACAAAUGUAAUAAUUAUGUGGAGAACUGUAUGACUUUUUAAUAUUUAUAUGUAAUGAACAUUAUUGUCCUGACUGAUAAUAAGCUCUUUAAUUUUAGUAAAAAAAAUUGGGCCACUUUUUCUUUAUUUUAAAGAUAACCACAGACGUAUCAUAAAUGUGUGAUAGGGUCACAAGUUUCUUAAAAAUUCCCUUUAUUUUUGAGUGCAUAUUCUGCAUAUAUCAAUGGUAAAUUAGACUAAACUGUGUGCCUUCAUGUAUUAUUUAUGCAGGCAUGCUGAAUUUCAAUCAGAUGAGUUUCUAUCCCAGCACUUCUCCAAGCAGCAGAUGCAAGAAGUCAUUUAAUCAUUUAAGUGCCUGUUUAUAAAUGUGCCUUAUAAAACUUAUGUUUUAAUGGUGAAAGCUUAAAUAAAAACUGAAGUACAUCUUUUCAAGCAGUUUCAAUGUAACCCACAAACUAAGUUUCUUACAUUAUAAUAACUGAAAAAAUAUCAACCUUAGUUGGGUUUUCUUCACAUUUUGUACCAUACACCUCAUUUAAUCUAACCCUACAAAGCAUUAACCUGUUAAUAUGCCAUUACUUUUAUUUAGAUUUCUGUUUUCACCUCUAGAUGGUGCAAGUGUACAGUCUUUAGAAUAAAUGUAAGAGAUGACCGUGUUGUUAGGGGUGUUUGCACUAAAAACUUUGAUUUUGGUUUUAUGAUACUAUCCAUUGUUUUUUCCAAAUAACUUGAUGCUGUAUUGAAACUAUUUUAAUAUAUGAUGUGUGUAUAACAAAGCUGACUGAGAGCGAUGAUUGAACUCAUGAUCAAGUGUCAGUGUGCAUGUGAGAAGAUGAGUAGCACUGGAGGCUGAUGAAGUGCAAUAAGGGGACCAGCUGUUGAUUAGGAAGGAAAGA